AUGUUCGCUAAUUACUCAGCCAAAGUUUCACGUACAGUUACCAAAGCAAUUCCUUCUGUAGCUACCAUCGCUUCUGUGUCUAUUCCAAGCAAAGUAGCCACAACCAAGGCCAAUACGGCUUUGUUUAACGCUGGUAACUCGUUUAAAUCGUUCAAAGAAUACAGAGAAGUAGCAACCAAAUACGGUCCUUUGAGCGCAAAGUUAGCCAUUAAGAGACAAUUGGCUUAUCCAAAUGGGGCUCCUCAGUUAUAG